AUGGAUCGAGACUUGGACGCGUAUAUGAGCUUGGACCAUCUCCGCAACCCCGAGCGGGCCUUGCCUGCCCUAAGCCCCAUAAAUAGCAAUCGGAAGAAGCGACAGGCGUUUCCACGGGCCAAUUUAUGGUCGUGGAAGACCUCCGACACGAUCGUCGACCCCAAGUCACCCGACACGGCUGCGUCCGUCGCUAGGAAAUGCGACGACCAUCUGCAUGUCAUUGACCGCCGGGCGUCCACGCGCCUCUUCGCUGCGGCCACCCUCGUGGCCAGUGCGCCGGCUAGGCGAAGCCCCAAGAGCCCCGGCCGCGCCCGCUUGAACAAGAUCACGAGGCGACUUUCCGCGUUCAUUCAGCACCCCGACUUCAAGACGGUGGGGGGAGGUGCCAUCCCCAUUGCGCCCACUCGCCCUGCGGGGGACCCUACCGUCUCUGCAGACACGUCGAUCUUGUCGGCAACCUCUGAAACUUUCGAGUCCAUGACAGAAGACGACGGCGAAGUCGACGCGUUGUCUGCAGAAGGAUCCACCAGUCCUGGCAACGAUGACACAAUAUCCAAGGGUCAAGUCGCAGGCACGAGCAUGCGGGACUUGGAAGGCAACAUCUACACUGGGGCGUCCGCCGACGACUUUCUUGGUGACGACGUGCAAUCGAAAUUCUGGGACAUCUACGCGAGUGGCCCUGCAAACCAAGUGCGCCGGCCCGACUCGUCGCGAGGGCGGUACAUUCGGCGGUGCGAAGACGAAGCCCUGCUGCCUCUACCCGUGUUUGACCUUCGCCUGGCCAAGCAGCCGGUGCCCCGGUACACCGAGACUGGCGAGCUGCACUAUAGCAACUACUUUCUCGGCGACAAGCGCGCCGAGGCGAUGGGCGACGCGCUGGAGCUGCUUCCCGUGCAAGUGACGUCCAUUUGCAUGACGGACGCAGGCAUGACCGGCCAGGGUUCGGCGGCGGUGGUGCGGGGCGUGGUCAAAGACGACCUGGUAGAGCUGAAUCUGUCGCACAACAAAGUGGGGGUGAAGGGGUACAUGAAGCUCAACGCCGUGUUGGACAACGCGGCGUUGCAUCUCAAGGUGCUCAACCUGAGCAACAACAACCUCGGCGACCAAAGCGUGACGGCGCUCGUCCGUGCGCUGCUAAAGCGGUGCACCCUCACCACGCUCAAUUUAGGUCACAACAAGGUGUUUCACUCGGCGACGAUCGUGGGCGAGCUCCUGCGGGUCAAGAGUUCGCUGACCAUGCUCGAUCUAAGCUGGAAUCAAAUCCGAGGCGACCCCGCAAUUCACUUGGUGCAGGCGAUGGUCGAGAAUAACACGCUGCUCGACUUGAUCUUGUCGGACAACUCGCUGGGGAAUUCCGGGGGCGCCGAUAUCCACCUCGCCACGAGCUUGCUCGAAAAUAAGACGCUCAAGCGACUCAACGUGAGCAACAACCACAUCAAAGGACGGUCGAUUUUUGUGUUUGUGGACUUGUGCACCAAGAACACGACACUGGAACACCUAAACGUGGGCAGCAACCCCAUCGGCACGGCGGGUGUCGAAGCCAUCUUGUACGCGAUGGCGUCGUCAUCGAUGAAGUGCGAGUGGGAAGUCGCCGACUGCAACAUCGACAUCCAAGAGUACCUGUACAGCCACACGUACUGCACGGGGCCGUACACGCUGAAUCUAGACGACCGAAGCGACACGUUUGUGCUCAAGGAACUGCUGGUCAUGUACGCCCAGAACCGCCUCGUGUUGUCCAACGUCUUCCACGACGAUCGCCCUAUCACGCUCACCAAGGGCCAGCUGCCACUCCCCCCGACGGCCAAGGCGGAGAAGGGCCAAGUGCCCAACCACGGCACGCUCACGCUCUUGGCCACGCAGGACGACGAGUCGUGCCCGGACUUGCACCUCAAGGACGCACCGUUCCAGCGCCUCAAGCAGCUGAUCGGGUCGUCGUUUGCGUUAGAUGACUACAAGAAGAUGACCAUGAUCAAGAUUCUCGCCGAUGGUUUCUGCGUCACGGUCAAACAAGCCAACGCGCUGCUCAAGCUGUUCGAGAGCACGACGUGUCAAGCGGAGAAAGCGUCGGCCGCCGUCGCGCUCAUCCCGCGCAUUUCUAACUCCGAGCACCAUACCAUCGACGAUGAAAACUACAUGGGGUGUCCAGGACCCAUUGGCGGCGUUUUCUUCGAAGACAAGGACAACGACGGCAAGAUCGACGUUUGCGGCGACAUCACGGUGUUGGUCGGGCUCACAAACCUCUCUCAGAUUGAACAAGGCUACGUCGAGCAAAAGCUGGGCAAGUGGAUCGCGUUCAACCCGGCCAACCCGACGGGAUUCUAUCGGCUCAACAUGUCCAACUUUGUGGACCGGCGAAUUAUGUUUUGCCUUAUCGAAGCGAAUGCCGCGGACCGCAAGUUCCGCGUCUCCAACAAGCUGCCCGACGUGUCGCAGUUUGCCACGAACAACGGGUUUCGCAACGCCAGGUACAACCACAAGGCGAUCGUGUUUGACUCGUCGUGGGCGCUGCCUCGCUUUGGCGUGCUGGAGUUUGACUUUGUCGUCACCCGACGGCCGCCCCAUGGCGCCAUCCCCAUCACGGACGCCGCGUUUGAGCAGUUUUUCAAAGAAUUCAAAGCCAUCCCCGACAUGAAACUCGUCGGAUUGCGCGCGAUUUCAAAUCGGUACUACUUUACCGCACGCCACGCCCAGCGACUCAUGGAGUACUUUAGCCCGUACGAAAAGAUGAACAACGUCGUGGUGCGCCUCGAAGUGUUUGUCAUUCUCUUGGGACGAAUUGUCGACGAAGUCAACUUCAACGACGCGCUUAGCGUGUUGGACAGCACCAGCCGCAAAAAACUCAUCGACCGCGUGGGCAUUGUGCAGGUGUUCAACCCUAUUUCGCCGUGCGGCAAGUACGAACUGAAUCUGGCCGAGCACGAUCAGCGCUAUGUGGCGUCGAUUUUGCUGCAAUUGGCGCAUGCACAAGAGGGCAGUCUCAUGGAGAUUGCGCUGGACGAAAAGGACGUGCCCGACAUUUUGGCGAUAUGGGCAAGCGAUGCCGACAUCCCCGUCGUCGGCACGUUCAAGUGCAAGUUCAUGACCACGAAUCGGUGUCAUUCGAUUGUCCAGCUGCAAGACAACAGCAUCCGCCGCCGCAUCUCGGCCGCUUUGCUGUUCAAACCCAACGAACUGGGCAAUUGA